CCUAUUUUCCCCAGCGUUCGUGUUCUGCGCGCUGUUGGAGUUUACCCUCGUGAACUACAUGUGGCGUAAGCGACCCCAGCCCAAACUGCCGAACCUGUUCGGACUGAACGGCGGUCGCGUGGCUGGACGCUCGGGUGGCGAUAUCUGCACCAGCUGCAAGGAGAAGAAGGGCAACGACUCGGCAAUCUUCCCGUCUCCUAACAUUGCUAUGAGCAGCAAGCUAACGGACGAAGCUCUAGCUGCUCUGCCCCUGCAGCUCGUGGCCAGCCUCGCCAGCAACUCCAAGAGACGCGUGCACGCCAUCGACUCCAACUGCCGCGUGCUGUUCCCGCUCAGCUUCAUGUUCUUUAACGUCAUCUAUUGGUGUUAUUACCUGCUUUAAGAUUGAUGUUAUUACCUGCUUUAUGAUUACCUGCUUUAAGAUUAUUGGUGUUAUUACCUUCUUUAAGAUCGGUGAUAUUACCUGCUUUAAGAUUAUUGGUGUUAUUACCUGCUUCAAGAUUACCUGCUUUAAGAUUGGUGUUAUUACCUGCUUUAAGAAACAAGUUCGAAGGUUUUUCGACUUGAAAUGGGAGUUUAUGAUUUACGAGAAUCAAAGCUUAAAUUGAGUGCGCAGUUAAAACAACGAUUUCAUUUGUUAUCAUGAAUAAGUGGUUCAUCACCUUCUGAUAUUGGAAAUCAGGGUGGUACAUUCCGUAAGAUCGCUUUAGCUAAACAUAUGAUGACUUCAACCAAACUGUCCACAUGGUAUUAUUUUCCAUGCGGUACAUGUAAUUCAUUUACAGCAAAACUUGUCUAUUCACCAUACCUUUAGCACUAAAGAGUUUAGGUAUGUCAACCUGCACCUCCACAUCGCAAUUUUCAUGAAAGUAUGGAUAAAAAGACAGCAAAUGCCAUCUUGUAUAUUUAUGAUGGAGACACAUGACUGUAUUUUACAGUGUUAUGAUGUGUUCUUUGUGUGUCAUUUAUAAUUUCAUGGCAAAUGCUUACAAGGAAAGUUUGUCUUCAAGCAACGAAAUGUUGGAGACCUCUGGCUUAAAGAGUGAUAACUCAUCACUGAUGUAGUUAUAUGUGCUAUAUUUAAUGAGGUUAUUCCACUUUCUACAACCUCUAUUUGUGCAAUAGAAAUGAAUCAUGAGAGGAUUGCGAGCCUGUGCAUUGUUAAAAAUAGAGUCAUAGGCGACCUGAACUUUAUAUAGUUGAACUUUUGGCCCUCUAAAGCUCACAUAAAACAGUGGCCAUAAGCUGUAUGCAUGCAUUGAACAAAUUUAUUUAUUUAUUAAGCAAAUAGAUAAAAAAAACAUUUAUAAAUGUUUUCGAUUUGUUAAAUCGCUGAAAAUAUGUCUUUGAAAGCGAACGUAAUAAUAACGUCAAGCGCUAAGCAGAAAGAAGCGUGACAGAACUCGGCAGACGUAGACUCUAACAAAAUUUAGAGCCGAGGGCGGCUCUGGAUCAGGGAACGCCUAGGACUCGGGGAGCAUAUGAACGGCGCUCAUCAUUCCCGUUGCACAGCAUCUCAUAAGGAGCUGUUAUGUUUGUUUUCUCGCCGUGUUAUGAUUACCCAUUCUUCUGUUUUUUUUUAUAAAUGUGCUGUUCUGGGUCAAUAUUCUUCUAAUGCUAGAGAAUAAUUGCGCGGUGAUAGCAUUUGAGGGAACACUUCUCACACCAGAGUUUUAAAUAGAAUUGAGUUUUUAUUCCGUUAUUCUUCAACGUACAAUUCUAAUGUUAUGACCAUCUCAACCAUGCUGUGUAAGAAAACAAAAAUCAAAAUAAGAGGGCAUUCAAAAGGUAAGUGCUCAGGCGAUCUAUCAAACACAGCUGUCUUAUUUUUUGGUUUCCGGCAGAUGAUAGCAGUGCAUAUUACGAUAGUGUUAUAGCUACGUAACUAAUAUGCAUGAUAUUAGAUAAGAAACACCAUUAGUUUUUGCAUUGAUGCUCGCGUCCCAGUGCGUCCCUAGCAACGUGUUUGUUCUGUGUCGGUUUUGGUGGAAAAAAUUACUAUAUUUUUACAUGCUACAACUGAUGUGGCUUGUUUUAGGUCUUAGUUAAGCUGUAGCGCAAUAUUCAGUGUAUUGCUUUACAAUUUACAUGUUCGGAAUCGGGAAUACGCGCGUUCACACAAACUUUUCCAAUAAAAAAUGCAACAUUAGUUUUCUUAUU